GUAACAACAGAAAAAGAAAAAAAUCAUGGUAAUUUAAGUAAUGAAAAUCACUUGCAAUGAAAAACAAAUAUAUAUAUAUAUAUAUAUAUAUAUAUAUAUAAAUAUAAAGAAGCCUCGAAUACUCCAUCAAAUCUCACCAUAUUUUGUUUUUUUCUCGUUUGGACCAUUCGGAGGACACAACAAAAUCCUCGAGCUUUUCAUUUUUCUUCAAUUGAUCAGUAUGGCUGAAGAAGAAGUGCAAAAAAACGAAUCUAAAAUCCCAGAAAUCGUUUUGAAUUCAGGACACAAGAUGCCGGCGUUAGGGAUGGGAUGUGCCGCCGAGAAACUGCCACCAGUGGAGGAGUUGACGUCAAUUCUGGUUCAUGCAAUGGAGAUCGGCUACCGGCACUUUGACACCGCCGCCUGUUACGGCUCGGAGGAGGCCGUCGGAAAAGCCGUGGCUAAGGCUUUGGAAAUCGGUUUGAUACAAAAUAGAGAUGAAUUGUUCAUCACUUCUAAGCUCUGGAUCACCAACAGUCAUCAUGAUCUUGUUCUUCCAGCCCUGAAGAAAACCCUCGAGUAAUAUAUACUGAUUUUCAAUGCUUCUUUUACUACUAUAUUUUGGUUUUAGGAUUUCCGUAAUCUUCAAAAAAUUGAGUAUUUCCGUAAUUGUAAAUGUAUAUUUUCUUUCUUUUGCAUUAAACACGGCAUGACUUACAAAAAUGGUUGAUGAGUCAUAAAAAUCACUUAGAAAUAGUCUUAAGCCUUUAACCAUAUUUCGUUAUAAGAGAUUCUUUUAUUCCCCCCUAAAAAAAUAAAAAAAAAAUAAAAAAAAAUCUUCUCCUUUCAUUUCCGUCUUAUAAACACAAUAGCAAUCCAAAAUUUUUUGUUACAGGACUCACGAUGAUAUAUGUCACUGAAUCGAAUUCUUGUCUUCUUCAACUUCCAUUUUUUUUUUUCAUUUUUCUUUCUUUUUGUGUCUUUUGAAAUUUAUGUUAGGACCAUGGGGCUAGAAUAUUUGGACUUGUAUCUGAUUCACUGGCCAGUGAGGAUAAAGGAAGGGGCUAAUAUGUUUAAUCUUGCGGAAGGUGAAGUGUUGCCCUUUGAUAUUCAUGGGACUUGGAAGGCCAUGGAAGAUUGCUCCAAAUUGGGAUUAACCAAAUCUAUUGGUUUGAGCAAUUUCUCUUGUGAAAAAAUCUCACAACUCCUUGAACAUGCCACCAUCCCACCUGCAAUAAAUCAGGUGGAAAUGAAUGUUAGUUGGCAACAGCGGAAAUUACUACCAUUUUGCAAGGAGAAAAGAAUACAUGUAUGUGGUUGGUCUCCACUUGGAGCUUAUGGUGUUCUUUGGGGAUCUAAUGCAGUCAUGGAGAGUCAAAUCCUCAAAGACAUUGCAACUUCUAAGAGCAAGACCAUUUCUCAGGUGGCUCUGAGAUGGAUAUAUGAGCAAGGAGUAAGCCCAAUUGUUAAGAGUUUUAAUGAGGAUAGGAUGCAACAAAAUCUCCAAAUAUUUGACUGGGAACUCACAAAGGAAGAAAACGUUCAGAUUCUGCAAAUCCCUCAACGUAGAGUAUUUAGAGCAGAUUCAUUUGUGCAGGAAAAUGGACCAAUUAAAUCUGUUGAGGAGCUAUGGGAUGGAGACAUAUGAAUCUUUAAUUUCCAUUAUGGACCUUUUUCUUUCAAUCUAUGAUUGAGUAUUUAGCAUGGGAUUUUUUUUUACUCCGGAACAGAUUAAGCCAACACUGAGCCUUCUAUGGUGUUGAUUUCAACAAUUUAGUGAGUUUGAACAUUCGAUGAAUUGAGAAGAAUAAGUAGCCAUGAGGUGGAUUUUUUUAAAAAAAAAAUAUUUUUUUUGUGCAUUUUACAUUCAUUAUUGAUUCAUUAUCAAACUACCAGGGUUAUAUAUUCUCUGUGCUAGCAUACUUAGCUUUAGUCAGCGAAUAAUACUAGGGAAAGCAAUCAAGUCGUUUAUCAACUGAAAUAUUUUAUUUUAAAUUUGGAUUUGAGCUAGAAAAAAAAAACUCCAACAUAAGCUACCC